AUGACUUCCGAACGACGAAGGUCCUCGGUCGUGCAGGUGAAUCGAGAGAAUGAUGGAAUACUCAGGGUGAACGAUGAUUCUGUCAGACGCAUGUCUCAAGCAAAUGCCUUCAUAGCCGGCGAUAUUGCGGACGCAAAGCAAGCGUCGCAAAAUGAAAAGGACUUGAGCAUUCGAGAUGCCAUCAAGCUCUACAAGAAGGGAAUUUGCUUUUCCUUGCUCUUCUCUUUGGCUGUUAUCAUGGAAGGCUACGAUUUGUCCCUGAUGGGGUCUUUCUACGCAUUUCCUCCUUUCAAAAACAAGUACGGCACCGAACCCGACCCGGAAGACGGAGGUCUGUUGAUCUCUGCCCCUUGGCAGAGUGGCCUUUCCAAUGGUGUCCAGGUCGGUAGCAUCAUCGGCCUGUAUCUCAAUGGAUGGGUGUCCGAGUUGAUUGGUUAUAAGAAGACCAUGUUCGGCUCGCUCGUUCUCAUGAUCGCAUUUAUCUUCCUACCGUUCUUCGCCCAAAACAUCCAGACCAUCCUGGCCGGCACCAUCCUGCAAGGCAUCCCAUGGGGUGUCUUCCAAACACUCACCUGUACCUACGCAUCCGAGGUCACUCCUACCAUCCUCCGACCUUAUUUGACUACAUACGUUAAUCUAUGUUGGGUUUUUGGACAAUUGAUUGCGGCCGGUGUUCUGCGAGGAUUCUUGCAGAGGACUGAUCAGUGGGCAUAUCGCAUCCCCUUCGCUCUUCAGUGGGUCUGGCCCGUGCCCAUUCUCAUCGGCACGAUCUUCGCCCCAGAGUCUCCUUGGUGGCUCGUUCGUCAGGGCCGUCUCGAAGAUGCGAAGAAGGCAUUGCUCAAGAUCACGAGCACGAAAUGCGGAGUCCGAUUUGAUGUCGAUGACCAGGUACAAAUGAUCAAGGCUACGAAUGAACUCGAAGCUGCCAUGUCCGAAGAUACUUCCUACCUUGCUUGCUUCAAGGGUAUUGACGCUCGACGUACCGAAAUCGCUUGUGUCGCCUGGGUGGCCCAAGCGUUUUGUGGUGCAGCUCUGAUGGGCUACUCCGUUCAAUUUUACGAACGAGCAGGCUUGUCGAAUGCAAAUGCAUUCAACAUGAACAUCGGACAAUAUGUGAUGGGCGCCAUCGGCACCGGUCUGUCAUGGUUUCUCAUGACUUAUGUGGGCCGCCGAGCGAUCUACUUCUAUGGCCUGGCGGCUAUGCUCUGCCUACUUCUCAUCGUGGGUGGCCUUGGGACUAUGGAGCAGAACGAAGGGGCGAGCUGGGCAAUCGGCUCGAUCUUGCUGGUCUAUACAUUCAUUUACGACUUCACAGUGGGACCGGUGUGCUACUGUAUCGUGGCUGAAAUCCCAUCUACUCGGCUCAAGAUCAAGACUGUUGUGCUUGCUCGCAACUUCUACAACAUGGGCGGUAUUGUGAACAACAUUCUGAUGCCUCGCAUGAGGAGAGGUAAGAGACGACUCAAGCGCCAUUUCAACGAGGUUUACAACGAUGUAGCGGGGAGCACACUAAGGGGCAAACAAAGAGAAAAGAUACUCUGUGUAACAUACCAGGAAAACCUAGGAGAAUAUAUAGUUGAGCUACCCCUACAUGAUAAUCUAGGCUCCUUAGGCCUGUUACUCCUCAGAGUUUGA